ACCACCUGGAGCACCACCUCGCUGUCUCAUUUGGGGGAAAGGUUUCUGCCUGAAUCCAUCGAGCCCACCUCUCAACCACUGCAAGCGAUGUUCUACAGAGGUAAAUAUGUGGACUCUGGUGAUGCACGAGAAAUGGGCUUGAAACGGCAGCGUUUAAUGGAUCAGGGGUCAUCAUAUUAUGGUACUCCUGGUCCAAGUUAUAUGUACAAUGCUCCACCUCCACCACCUCCCUCAUAUUCUUAUAUUCCUCCUCCAUUUCCUGUUGUCCGGCUUCGAGGCCUUCCCUUUGAUUGUGCAGAGGCUGAAAUAGUUGAUUUUUUCCAUGGUCUAGAUGUUAUUGAUGUCCUGUUUGUCCAUAAAGGUGGCAAGUUCACUGGAGAAGCUUAUUGUGUGUUGGGAUAUCCUCUUCAACUUGAUUUUGCCCUUCAGAGGAAUAGGCAAAACAUUGGUAAGAGAUAUGUGGAGGUUUUCCGAAGCAGAAAAGAUGAAUACUAUAAAGCCAUAGCAAAUGAAGUUUUUGAUGCUCCUGGUGGUUCACCUCGUCGUGGUGCCCCAAGGGCAAGAUCUUCUGAUGAUACUAGGGACUUGUCGGAGUUUAAAGGGUUGUUGCGGUUGAGGGGGUUGCCAUUCUCCUGUACCAGGGAGGAAAUUAUAAACUUCUUUAAGGAUUUUAAGCUUUCAGAAGACAAGAUUCAUUUAAUAGCUAAUUCUGAGGGUAGGCCUGCUGGAGAAGCUUUUGUAGAGUUUUCAAGUCCUGAAGAUUCAAGAGCUGCAAUGUCUAAGGACAGGAUGACUCUUGGAUAUCGCUAUAUAGAGCUUUUCCCUGCAUCACGUGAGGAGUUGGAAGAAGCUGCUUCCAGGGGGCGGUUAUUGCCAAAAUCAUUCGAAGGGAAGGACCCAACUGAACCUACACCUAUACUGCGGAUGAGGGGUUUACCAUUUUCAGCUGGCAAGGAUGAUAUAAUCGAUUUCUUCAAGAAUUUUAGGUUGCCUGAAGAGUCAAUUCACAUUAUCUUUAACUUCGAGGGGAGGCCAACUGGAGAAGCUUUCGUGGAGUUUGCUAGUGUAGAUGAUGCAAAAGCUGCGCUGGCUAAGGACAGGAUGACACUCGGGAGUCGUUAUAUAGAGCUGUUUCCAUCAUCAGCAGAAGAGCUGAAUGAAGCCGCCUCAAGGGGACGGUGACGAAUUUUGGCUCUCGUCUUGUUAGCACUUAAAUACUGCUGAUGUAAAAGAAUGUAGGAAUCUUGUGCUAUAUAUUUAGCGUAAGUUUUUCGGGAUUAGACAUGUUUUAGCUGUUAAUUAAUAGAUGAUUGAUGGAAUUGGAGCUGAUGAUACUACUAUGAAUUUUAAUAAAAAUGCUGUUAAUGCAUA